AUGAAGGGCGCGUGGAAGCAGAGCGGUGUGGCCGAUCACGUCGGCCACCUCGGCGGCGGGGCCCUGGUCGGCCGCGCGCGACGGGCGAGGAUCUGCCUCUACGUCCUUGCGAUUGCAUUCGGCGCGUUCGCCGCGUUCCUCGUGUUCGCGCCCUCGCUCCCCGCACCCUCGCCCUCGUCGCCGGCCGCCGCGUGGUUCGACGGCCUCCUCUCCUCCGCGUCGCCCUACCGCGCGCAGGUUUCGAGCUACUUCUCCUCCCUGUUCCCCACCAACUCGUCCUCCCCGGAGCCGGGAGGAGUGGCGAUCGCGAUGACGCCUGGAGGACAGAGCGGUGACGGGUUCGUCGAGAGGGGCGGGCAAGUGGGAAGAAAAGGCUCCAGCACAGCUGGAGCCGGUGAGCCAUCGGGAAGAGGAGCCGGAGCAUCAAGCAACAAUUCGGAAGGAGUUCCGAGUGGCAACUCCUCAUCCAGCAAUGCUACCGCGGUGGUGCAGAGCAGUCCGCCACCGAAUGAUCAAGCGGGAGGCGGUGCCGCAGCCAAUCAUUCGACCACGGAUUCCGCCGGCGGGGCUGCAUCUCCAAGCGGAGGUUCAGCCACAAAUGGCACGAUGAGCAAAGAUGGUGCGCCUGAUCGGAUCAACGGCACCGACGUGAUCUCUAGUUCAUCAGAAUCUGGAAAUGUCACCGCAGUGAAAGCUAAUGCAAGGUACGCGGCCAGGUCUACUCACCAGUUAGGUGGUGCAAGUGCAAUCGCAUCUUCGAGCAAUGGAACUUCUCUUCCAUUCACCAAUCAGACUGAGAAUUCAGCAGUGGCCACGAACAGCAGUGGAGCUGCGUCUCAGAGAGGAGUCCCAGGCAAGAACCAGACUCUCCCAAAUCCGCCGGCUGUAAACGAUCAGAUACAGAGUGGAAGCAGAGUUGCUUCAGUUGGAAGCAACAGUACAAUGGACGCUAUUCCUCAGAGGAUCGCUAGUAACACUACAGAGGCGGCUGCUGAUGCCGGUGGUAAGAAGAAAUCCCAUUGGAUUGAAGCAAUGGCAAGCUGCGAUAUGUUCUAUGGAAAUUGGAUCCGAGAUGACUCCUACCCUCUCUAUCCUGAGGGAUCAUGUCCUCACAUCGAUGAGUCCUUCAACUGCCCUCUCAACGGCCGCCCUGAUAAUGCUUACCAGAGGCUCCGGUGGCAACCCAGUGGAUGCAACAUUCCAAGAUUGAACCCGACUGACAUGUUGGAGAGGCUGAGGGGAAAGAGACUGGUGUUUGUCGGUGAUUCGCUCAACAGGAACAUGUGGGAAUCCCUGGUGUGUAUUUUGAGGAAUUCUGUCAAAGACAAGAGCAAAGUCUUUGAGGUAUCAGGCAGGCAAAGAUUCAGGGCAGAGGGCUCCUAUUCUUUCUUGUUUCAGGACUAUAAUUGCAGUGUGGAGUUCUUCCGCUCCCCUUUCCUUGUUCAGGAAUGGGAGUUUCCCGUUAGAAAGGGUUUAAUCAAAGAAACUCUUAGGCUUGACAUGAUCAGUAACUCUUUCCCGAGGUACAAGGGUGCAGAUAUCAUCAUAUUCAAUACCGGGCACUGGUGGACUCAUGAAAAAACUUCUCUAGGGAAAGAUUACUACCAAGAGGGUAACCGUGUAUAUAGUGAGCUGAAUGUUGAUGAUGCCUUCCAGAAAGCUCUUCAAACCUGGGCCAAGUGGGUUGAUUCCAGUGUAAAUCCCAAGAAAACAACUGUGUUUUUCAGAGGCUACUCAGCAUCCCACUUCAGUGGGGGCCAAUGGAAUUCAGGAGGCAGUUGCGACAAGGAAACAGAACCAAUAACAAAUGAGAAGUACCUCACACCAUACCCACGGAAGAUGAGCGUCCUGGAGGAUGUGCUCCAUGGGAUGAAAACACCUGUGGUUUACUUGAAUAUCACAAGGAUGACUGACUACAGGAAGGAGGCACACCCUUCUGUCUAUCGCAAGCAGAAGUUGACUGAGGAGGAGAUGAAGUCUCCUCAGAUAUAUCAGGACUGCAGCCACUGGUGCCUUCCUGGAGUACCUGACUCUUGGAACGAGCUUCUCUACGCACAAAUCCUGGUCAAACAGCAUCAAAUGCUGCACUAAUAAAGGCAAGUGUGUUGACUUGCUUGUUCCUGUACAUGAACUGUUGUUUGUAUGAGAGAGGUUAAGGAUUUUGCUAUCUUUGCAUAGAAAGUAGUCAGUUAGUCAGAGUCUGACUCUCAAUACCAAUACGUAUUCUGUAUAGGCUCAUAGGAUUUUAUGUCUAGCCAGAAAUAAUCAGAAACACUGAAUAACAAUAUAGCAUACAGUAGAUGAUAUAGGAUCCUCUGGCAAUAAUCCCUGCCUUUUUUGUUUUCUAACAGCUGCUUUUUUAUUUUUUGGAAUGAUGAUGUAGUAGUAUAUUGAACUAUAGGAGAAAUGGUUUGUGCUGACACCUCUAUCCUCUGAAUCUCCUAAAUGAUUACUCUUUCGUGUUGUAUAUAUAUACGCGGCAAACUAUUGGUAAGUUUUGACUGUAAGUUU